AUGUCUUAAUUAUUGCAAUGCUAUGAAUAUCUAAUUGCUCUGCCUUCAAUUUACAUUUCUCUUUCCAAUUACUAACAUGUCCUCUCAAUAAUAAAUGCAAUUUUAACAGUUUUUAUAGGAUCUCUACUUAUUUCUCUAGAUUAUGAUUACAAGUUUUGCAAUUCAGAUGUAUUACAGAAAUGUGAUUCUCACUUAAAUCCUACUAUGUUCCACCUUGAUUUGACUUUGUCUAUAGCAAGCUGUUUUUUCGAUAUUUAUAUAUUAACAGGUGUUUUUUUUGUUAUAAACAUGCUGAAGUUGUUCAUCAUCUUAAAAACUCAUUGCUAUUUAAAUAGAGAGAUAUGUAGAUGGAGUAUUAAUUUUUCUUUAUUCAGAGCUACAUUAAUUCUUCCCAUGAUUGUCUAUUGCACAAGGGAUGAUGAAUAGCAGAGUCUUUUAUUUUUAUCUUGCUUGGUCAUCUUUCCAAUUUCAUAUAAAUUAGGAAAUUACAUUUUUGUUAGUUGGUACAACUACAUUAACUUAGAAAUUAUAUAAAAUAAUUAAUAAAUCCAAAGUUUCAGUAUAUUUAGAUAUAUUUUGGAUGAUGAAAAUAAAAAGACUGAUAUAUUUUGUAGGCUUCUCUUCCAUAGUAUCUAAGAGAAGACAAAAUUUGUCUCUGCCAUUUAAGAUUCGGCUUUUGUCUUUGCAUCUCAUCAAAUUUUAUAGGGUGAAUAAUAAUAAUAAUUAGAAAGCUAAGAAAUACAAGCAAAUACUGGAUUCUUUGGAAGCACAAAAAAGGAAAAUAUAAAAUUGAUCAAUCAAAUCAAGUAAAUAUAUGAUGAAAAGGAAACCGUCAGUGAAAUAUUUAACGAAAAUAUAAUGAAUACAAUUAUUAAAAUCUAUAAAGAUAACUCUGAUUCUAAAAAAUUUAAAAAUAAUCUUUCUGAUCUUCACUUUUCAUAUUUGACUUUCCUGUCUACUCUCAGUUUAAAUUCCUGCAUGUCUUACAUACAAAUCCUCAAUAUAAAAUCAAACUAAAAACUGCGACUAGGAUUGAAAGAUUUACAGAAGAUGCAAACAAUAAUGAAUCAAGCAGAAAUUCAAGCCCAGCUAAAUAAUAGCAGAUUAAAAGUGAAAGAAUAAUUUCAAUUAUAGCAUAUUUUAUAAUUUGAAGAGGAUAUGAACAAAAUAUAAUAGUCAUAUUUUGAGUGUAUGAGGCAGUACAGAAUUGUAGUAGAAAAAUUAUCUAUGAACUAUGUUGACAUAAAUGAAAUGCUUGAACUUCUUAAGUAGUACAGAGCAGAAAGAGUAUUGUUAGAAAAAAUCAUUAUAUAGUAGUUGAAAUAAAAUAGUUUGAGUGAGACUCUGAAAAAUCUCUGUAUUAACUUUGAUUUUUAUAUGUUGCACAAGAGAUCUUUAUUAAAAUUUUAUGAAAAUAACAAUCGGAUACAAAGUGAAUAAUUAAAAAACAAAGAAUACUACAGCAAAUCGAGCUGUUUUAUAUUUGUUUCACUCCUUGAAAAGAAUUUUGGCAUGGUACAUAAAGCAAACAGGUCAUUUAUUAAGUCCUUUGGCUUUGCAAAUAAAUCUUAACUUGUUGGAAAAUCUAUAAAGUAAGUUUUGCCAGACAACUUUUUAAAAAAAUAAACUGAGAACAUGGCUUCUUAAAUAAUUACAGAAAAUUUCUUGUCUCUUUACAACGAAAUAUUCAAUCUACCUCUUUUUAUUGCUCAAAACUGUUAGGGAUACUCUAUUCCUUGUUAAUUAAAAUUUCAAAGUCAAAUAAUUGAUUCCUAAGAUUUUGGAGUAACAAUCUGGGCUAAGCCAAUUAAAGAUGACAAUUUAUAUGUGAUGCUAGAUUACAAAGACCACUCCCAAAUAAAAGUUGCUAGCAAAAUUUUCUGCUAAGAGUUUUUGUAUGAAAAUUUUACACUUUAAAAUUUGAAAAACGUUAGGAUGGACAGCUUAAUUCCUAUUAUUGAUGGUUUAAUCAAGGUAAGUAAAAUAGAAUAAGGCAAGAAAUUUGAAACCAUUUUAAUUUAGCCAUAUGAUAAAUUCGAAGCACAAAAUAAGGCUAAUUUGAAAGACAAUAACUUUCUCAACAGUUUGAAAUUUGCUUAAUUAUAUAUGAUCACCUUAUCAAUUUAAUGUUUUGACACAAAACUAGCUUCUUUUGUGAAUGUGAUCAUUGAAAAUUAUUAGUGUCUCUACACUUAUAAGGAUAAAGUUUAAUAUAUUUAGCUAUUUUAGAAUCAAAUUAAAGAGUUUUGUGGUGUUUAAUUACCCUUUGAUUCUAGCUACGAAGAAGAUAUGCUAAGCGAUUAUAGAGUGAAGUCUUAUUAGUAAAAUAAUGAUUAAUAUUAAAAAUAUAAUCUAGAGGUAGUUAAAAGCUUCUAAGAAUCAGAAAUUAGAGGAAAUAACUAAUUUAAUAAUGAAAAUUAUUUACCAAUACAAAACCUUUAUAGUAGUAUUGACAAUUCAAAUGCUUACUAAAAGUAGAGUAGCUAAAUAGCCAAAAAUAUAUCUGAUUAAUUUUAGCAGUAAAAUUAAAUCUAAGUCAAAGAUAGCAAUUAGAAUUCUACAAAUAUACUUAUCUCAAAUUAAGAUUAAUUAAAUUUGCUACAUUCUCUAAAAUAAAAUGUAAUUGAAGUAGAGCAAAAUAAAUAAUAAGACUAUCAAAAUUUGAAAUAAAAUUUAAGUAAAUAAGUUAACGAUUCUCCUGAAAGUAAAAAUAACGAAGAAGUAAUUUAUUAAGAGAUGAGUAUAACAUAAAAAAAAAUAGAAGUUUCUACACCAGAUUUUUUUGAAUAAAAUCUAAAAGUUGAUAAAUUGCACCAAGAAGAAAUAUCAAAUAAUUAUAAUCAAUAACAUUUAUUCGAUGAUAGCAAGCUACCUGAAUAAAUUUUUAACAUCUCUGCAGCUCAAGACACUAACAAAAAUGGAUAACAAUAUGAAAAUUUAAAUAGCUAGGAUAUUCUUUUCAAUUCUAAUUUAAAGUCAACACUAUUUAAAGAUAACUUAGAUUCAAGGGAAAAGGAUUUUUAGAUUUAGAACUCAAAAGAGCAAUCUCAUAACUAAUUACUAUCUACAAAGAGCGCAUUUUAACUUACAGCAUUUAAAAGAAAAUAAAAAACUUUAGCUUAAAAUCAAACUAUGUAAGGGGAAAAGGAGAAAGAUAAGUCAACGAUAAAAGAAAGCAAGGUUCCAAUAACCCAAGAAGAGAGUCAGAAAAGAUAAAACAAAGAUUUGCAGUCGGUUUCAUCUUCAACAAAAUCUGUGCAAACACAGUAUUUAUUUGAGAUGAUUCAUGCUAAAAAAUAAAUGAGUUAUCUAAAAAUAAUAAAUGCUAUUGGGAUAAUUUCAGUUUUAGUAACACUUUCUUUGACCUUUUCUGGUUUCUUUACUUUUCUCACAAGCUUGAUUUCUUAAAGGGAGAAUUUUAAAUACAUAAACUGGAUUUAUUUGAUCAAUAUUUAGAUGAGCUAUGCAUUAUCAGAGCACUACAUUUAUGAGCUAAACUAAAAUGGACUACUAAAAACUCCUUCAUCUUCCUUUUAAGCAUUUAAUUAGCUUCUUAAGACUUAAUAUUAAUCAAGAAUUAAUUUAACAAAAGAUUUUAUAGCUGUAUAGUAUAACACUACUUCUACUGAUAUUUAGGUAUUUAAAAUCAUUUAAAGUAAAUUAAUUUCUUAAAAUAUUUAUUACAACAAAUAACGUUACGAUCAAUAUAACCUAUCUUUUACGUAUUCAUUACUUUUACAGAGUGCUGGAAUUUACUAUUUAGCUUCUAAUUAAGAUCCAACUAGACUAUUUGAGUAAUAAAAUGAGCAAAAUUAUCCUAAUUUGAAUAAUUAAGUUCAGUCUGUCAUAUAAUCGCUAAAUAGUUAAUAUUAAAAUUAAUUUGAUUCUAUCUAAAAUCAAAGUCUUAUCCAAUUAUACGUUGUCCUAUUGGUUACUUUUAUAUUUUUAUGUAGCAUAAUUCCAAGCUACAUAUUUGCCAAGCUUCGAUAACAAAAAAUAUUGGAGUUAUUCGCAACCUUUGAUCCAUAAUCUCUCAAAGAAAUCUUAGGGCAAUUAACUUAUCAACUAUCAUUUUAUCAAGGAUUUGAUAAAAACUAGACUAUUGGAUCAAGAUCAAACUAUUCAAAUAUGAAUCAAACUCAUAUAUCCAGAUAAGCAUAAGCUUAAGUGAUUAUAGAAAAAAAACUAAAUAUUAGUAGAACUUCUUCUUUAUAAUACUCAAUUAAAUUCCUUGCAAUAGGAUUAAUUACUAUCUUCUGUCUUAUUAUGAUCUAUCCUGUUGUUAACUACAUAAUCAUAAAAAUCUUCAUCGAUAACUCAACAACUAUCUACGAUUUCAACAACACUGUCUGCUUGUCGUACUUUACAAUUGUUAAUUCGCUUAGAGCCAGGUAAGGUCUGGCUACUGCUUUCUUAUUACCUCAGAGUUAAUCUAUUGCAAUAUCAAGCUUUUAAGGACUGUUUGAAGAUGUUACUACGUAUAUAGAUUCAUUACCUAAUUUAAUUAAUUAGAAUAUUGGAAAAGUAGAAUCAACUUCAAUUUACAACAAAUAAAUUUUUAUAGAUUAUUUAAUUGGUGUUUAUUCUGGAAAUGCGUGUGAUACUAUGUAAAAUUAUACUCAAUACUAAAACGGAGAUUUUCUUUAUGAUCAGUGCAAUAGCGUGGCUAAAGGUUCUCUCAAAUAAGGAUUGCUUAAUGGGAUCAUUUUCUAUAUAAAUCUCUACAAAGAUUUUACUUCCUUUAUAUAUAGUUAUAAUGCAGCUGCCUUUUAACAAAAUUUUAAUAAUUUUAAUUCUAAUACUCCUGCUAUGAAAUAAUUUCAGUUUAAAAUAGAAUUAUCUAAGGCCCAUGAGUAUCUCUUAAAUUUUUUUUAAGACCAAAAUUUAUAGCUAUAUAACUACUAUUAAAAACUUCUUGACAUUUUUCCUUAGUAAGUUUUGAUUUAAAACACCUACAUAAUGUCAUAUCUUAGAUAGAAUGAGUGA